CCGCACAGCAGUGGACAGGAAGGAGAAGAAGGCUGCCGAGAUGCCUGACUCCCCCGCGGAGGUGAAGACGCAGCCCCGGUCCACGCCCCCCAGCAUGCCGCCCCCUCCACCCUCUGCGUCCCAGGGCACCACACGGCACUCCUUCACACCCCACACAAAUCGAGAGGACGGGCCUGCGAUGUCCCUGCCCCACGGCCGUUUUCAUGGCUGCUUAAAAUGGUCUAUGGUCUGUCUUUUAAUGAACGGCAGCAGCCACUCGCCGACAGCCAUCAACGGCACCCCAUCCACGCCCAACGGCUUCAGCAAUGGCCCAGCCACCUCAUCCACAGCCUCACUGUCCACACAACACCUGCCCCCAGCCUGCGGGGCACGGCAGCUCAGCAAACUCAAGCGCUUCCUCACCACCCUGCAGCAAUUCGGCAGCGACAUCUCCCCAGAGAUCGGGGAACGCGUCCGCACGCUUGUGCUGGGGCUUGUGAACUCUACACUGACCAUUGAGGAGUUUCAUUCCAAGCUUCAGGAGGCCACCAACUUCCCACUGCGCCCAUUUGUCAUCCCUUUCCUGAAGGCAAACCUGCCCUUGCUGCAGCGUGAACUCCUGCACUGCGCCCGCCUGGCCAAGCAGACCCCUGCCCAGUACCUGGCCCAGCAUGAGCAGCUCCUGCUGGAUGCCAACGCCUCUUCCCCCAUUGACUCCUCGGAGCUCCUGCUGGAAGUCAAUGAGAACGGCAAGCGGAGGACACCUGACAGGACCAAAGAGAAUGGGUCAGACCGCGACCCGCUGCACCCUGACCCCCUCAGCAAACGGCCGUGCACCCUGAGCCCUGCCCAGCGCUUCAGCCCCAGCAAUGGGCUGCCCCACCCCACGCCGCCACACUACCGCCUCGAGGACAUGGCCUUGGCCCACCACUCCCGUGACUCCUAUCGCCACCCUGACCCCCGGGAGCUUCGGGAGCGCCAUCGGCAACUCAUGGUCCAUGGGUCACGGCCAGAGGAAGUGAUCGACCACAGGCUCACUGAGCGCGAGUGGGCUGAGGAGUGGAAGCACCUCAACAACCUCCUGAACUGCAUCAUGGACAUGGCCGAGAAGACGCGGCGGUCCCUCACCGUGCUGCGCCGGUGCCAGGAGGCUGACCGCGAGGAGCUCAACCACUGGGUCCGGCGCUACAGCGAUGCUGAGGACACCAAGAAGGGCCCCUCGACCACCACUGCCCGGCCCCUCAGCAGCUCGACAGGAGCAGAGGGGUCUCAGCUAGACGUGCACCGGGAGUUCAUGCCUAGGACCCUCUCCAGCUACAUGCCCGAGGAGAUCUGGAGGAAGGCUGAGGAGGCGGUGAAUGAGGUGAAGCGGCAGGCAAUGUCUGAGUUGCAGAAAGCUGUGUCAGAUGCCGAGCGGAAGGCCCACGAGCUCAUCAGCACAGAGCGCGCCAAGAUGGAGCGGGCCCUGGCCGAGGCCAGGCGGCAGGCCUCGGAGGAUGCCCUCACUGUCGUCAACCAGCAGGAGGACUCCAGUGAGAGCUGCUGGAACUGUGGGCGCAAGGCCAGCGAGACGUGCAGCGGCUGCAACGCAGCACGCUACUGCGGCUCCUUCUGCCAGCACAAGGACUGGGAGAAGCACCACCACGUGUGCGGCCAGAGCCUGCAGGGGCCCGCAGCCGUGGUGGCCGACCCGGUGCCAGGACAGCCCGACGNNNCCACCAGCCUGGGCCCCUGCCUGCCCACGGGUGCUGCCAGCCCCAGUGAAGCUGGCUCCACGGGGCCCUCUCGCCCUGGCUCCCCUGGCCCGCUGGACGCCGCACCCCGCUGACCCCUCCUACACCUGCUGCUCGGCCCACGGACAUGCGCCCACCAACCCCGCCGAGCCCCAGCUGCCGGACACUCCGCCCGGCCCUGGGAGCCCGACCAUUGGAGUCACUGCUGCUACUGCUUCUCUCCAAAAGAAAACACAGAACCAACAAAAAAUGCAUUCAACGCAACUUCCUCAGCUACCUGACGAUCUCACGCGACAACCUCUUCAAGCAUCCUCAGACCCUCCCCCCGGCUUUAGACCACGGAGGGACCUGCUGGAGCUCCGCCAGCUCGUCCACUGCCCUUCCCUCCCGCUCCCUCCCGCUCCCUCUCUCUACCUCUCCUUCUCCCGCUCCCCCUCCUUUUUUUUCCCCCUGUCUUUAUGACUUUCACACACUUUCUCUUUAAUGAAAAAAAAAAAACUAGUUGUUUGGUGGCUUAUAUUUUCAGUGAAGAAUUUUGGGGGAUUUUUAUGGCAAAAGAGCCACUCAGAAAUGGACUAAGAAAACUGUGGGGGUUCCCCCCUUCCUAAUUAAAAAGGGAAAAAGAAAACUGUUAUUUUAUAGCCGGAGAUCUGAGCCUCUGCGUCACCGAAACUACCCCAAGGGUAUGUGGCUGAUUCGGUGGAGACAGUAAGAAAGACUUCAGUUUCUGACCCCAGAAGCAUUUUUGGUUUCAGAUUUUUUUUUUUUUCCUUUAAUGUCAAACUCUUUGGCUUUAAGUAGUAAUCCAAAAAGUUUUUUAAAAAAGUAAAGGAAGCAUACCUGUAAACUACCUUGCCAGCUAGCCAGCCAAGGAUGCCGCACACACCUCUGCUCCAAAGGAAAUCCAAAAAGCAAACACAAGAAGUCAAAAUCCAAAAUCUGUCACUGCCAAAGUAUUUUUUCACUGUUUUACUCCACUCUUGGGUUUGUACAGAUGUUGGUCUUUUCUUUUUAUUCGGUUUUUAGAGUUUGGGAUAUUGGGGUUUGGAGGGUUUUGCCCCACAAGAAGCGACUUUUGUUUCUUUUUGACUAGACGGCAACGCCUUUGCUGGGCACAGGGCGGUGGGUCUCGAGCCCUCAGCACCCCACCCGCCGUGCGUGUGUCUGCGUGUGCACACGGGGCAUGCCUGGCCAGGCACUACACGUGUGCAGGGGAAGAUGCCUCCAUCUGUCCUCACGCCCUCUGUGAAUUUUCAUCACAUUUCAUUUCUUCCACUUGUGAAAAAAAGUGCUAACGUGUCCUUCCCAGAGAGAGCAUAAUUCUGAAACAAAACUGUGACAAUCUUUCGGGUUGAUUCUUGGGUGCUUUUCAAAGCACGAGGAGACAGCAACUGCGCCAAUAACGACUGCUUCUCCGUUUUUCCUCCUCUACCUCUUCUCCCCUCCUCAGUGCUGCCCCACCCAACUCGUCUUUGCCCCAUCGCCACCCUCCACCGGUGUCCCCUGAACCUGUUCUUCUUUCUUCACAUUUUUACAGAAAAAAAAAAAGAAGGAAAAAAAAAAAAAAAACUCCAAACAA